UUAAUAAUUUCGCCCAAAUUCAAUAUGUAAUUAAUAAUUUCGCCCAAAUUUACAUAUAUUGAUCAUAUGAAUUUACAUUUUCUUUGACUAACUUUUCAUUGAACAAAUAAUCUUUUUUGACCAACUAAACCAAUAUUAAGAUAGCAAAGAAAUAGUAAAUAACAUGAUUACAUAAGUCCUCUUAUAAUAAAUAGAAAGAUAAGCAUGUAAUUAGUGACUUAGAUACUAUAUAAUGUAGCAAUAAGAACCACACUAAAAUGACCAAAAAAAAAAACUCUUAGGCAAAAUGGACAAAGCUUCAAGGUCUCAUGUAUUUUCAAUUGUAAUAAUAUUGAUCAUUUCAUGUGGUGCAGUGAUAGGGCGUGACUGUACUAUUAGAUCAGAUUGUAAUUAUUUGACAUGCGAUCAAGGGUUGCCAACUUGUAUUGAUGGUCAUUGCCUAUGUUUAAUACUCAAUACCAAACCUAAAGGACAGAGCUGUAAGAAAGCAUCAGAUUGUCAAAUAAAUUGUUGGGGUGGGGAACCAUUUUGUGUAGAUGGGCAUUGUGUUUGUACUUAAUUAAAACAAGACAUAUAUAUGAUAUAUAUAUAAUAUAAACUUAAAUUCCAUUGAUAAUAUAUGGAGGUUUUGAAUUAUAAUUUAAAGGGCAAUAUUGUAUAAGAUAUUAUUUACUUUGAAUGGCAAUGAAGUUUAUGUUUGGAUCGA